GUCUUUCUCCUCCUUUUGUGCGUUGUGAAUGGUAUUAGGGGACAUCGCGGAGGUCUGGCUGCCUGAACUAUGCUGGAGCUACAAGACGGGUCGAUUCGAAGAGCAUAUGGGCGUUGCUGUGUCGAGGAGUGGGGUGAUAGUAGCGGUGUAUGAGGACCUCUCGGGCAUCCCUGAGGCCUACCGCCAGAGGGAGUUCAAAAGGGUGGCUAUGUUACCAGGCUUUGUCAACUGCCAUAGUCAUGCUUUUCAAAGGAACCUCAGAGGCAAGGGAGAAUCGGAUUAUGAAAGAGGUGGUGAUAGAAGGGCGAACUUCUGGUCGUGGCGGGAGGAGAUGUACCGUCUAGUGUCGACCGUAGCAGCUGAUAAGACUCGUUUUAAGGAAGUCUGCCAACGCUGUUUUUCCGAGAUGAGAGAUGCCGGGAUCACCAGCGUGGGUGAGUUCCACUACCUCCACCACCAGGACGCGGCUACGGCUAAUGACUACACACUGGAUCUAGCUGUGUUGGAAGCCGCCCAUGAAGUUGGAAUACGAAUAAGGCUCAUCCAAACGUAUUAUCAUUCCUCAAGUGCUGAUGGCAGGCCUCUAGAGGGUAGCCAGAAGCACUUUGAGUCACAGGAUUUGAAUGUUUUCAAAGGGCAAUUCGAACGACUCCAGGCCUUUGUCGCUGACAAGCCUCUGCUGGGGUUGGCCGUAGCCGCUCAUUCGAUCCGAGGCUGCGACUUGAAGAGCGCCAGAGAGUUAUUGGAUUUUGCAAGGGAGAAGAAGGUCCCCUUCCAUAUGCAUGUGGAGGAGCAGAUGCAGGAGGUGGAGGAUGCCAAACGGGUGUACUCAGGGCGGACAGUAUCUCGAGCGCUGUUGGACAGUGGUAUCUAUGGCUCUGAUGUGACGCUGGUCCACUGUACACAUACUACUGUAGAGGACAUGAUAGACCUCGUGGGGAAGGGCACCAACACAUGUAUAUGCCCGACCACCGAGGGCUGCCUAGCUGAUGGUUUCCCAGACCUAUCUCAACUGCGACCAGGAGACGGACAGGUGUGUAUAGGAUCAGACUGCAAUUCCCGUAUCGACACUUUGGAGGAGCUCAGAUGGUUGGAGUAUGCUCACAGGCUUCGGACGCAACGACGUGGUGUGCUCAUUACGGAUACCUUACCGAAAACUCCCGAAGAAUCAAGGCUGGCUACUGUACUCCUCGGUAUCGCCACGGAAGGAGGAGCACGUUCCCUCGGCCUUACUAAAGUUGGACGCAUCGCCGCCGGUUAUGUGGCUGAUGUUUCUCUGGUCAACCUCGACCAUCCAGCUCUGGUUGGUCUAGGAGGCGACAUUCGGGAUACCCUAGGCCCAGCAUUGGUGUUCGGUCUGAGUGCUAAUGAGGCGGUCUGUGCUAGUGCGGUGGCCGGAAAGUGGAGAAUUUCCCAAUCGGGUCUGGCUGUGAGCUCAGUAGAGUUUCUGAACCGUCCUUUGAAAAUCAAGCACCACAUCAUAAUGCAGAAAGGCGUCCUCCCUGAGGACCCUGGAGACGUUCUCGCCUUGGCUCGAGCGUUUAUAAACUCGGCCAGCCCGAGUGGGUACGAGAAGAAUAUGGGGGAGGUCAUAACGGACCGCUUGAAGAUGACUGGAUGGGAGGUAGAGACCUUUGAAGUGGCCCCACAGGCCAACAAUCCCGAUGGCCCGAUGCGACAUAAUAUCUUUGCCUACCGUCCUGGCUGCAGGGAUAGAGUUGAAGUCCUCUUCAACACGCAUCUGGACACGGUCCCACCGCAUUUCGACUCGUAUCUGGACAAGGACCCUGACAGCGGUCGACAGCGGCUACGAGGAAGAGGGGCGUGUGAUACGAAGUCCCUCUCGGCGUCGAUGAUUGUGGCAGGAGACAGGCUUGUUGCCUCUGGUGUCGGCGACAAGGUGGGUUUCUUAUUCGUCGUUAGCGAGGAGACUGACCACAGCGGUAUGACAGCGGCCAAUAGUCAAGUAGGGAAUCUUAUCCCCAGUCUGAAGUACGUCAUAGUAGGAGAGCCAACUGCGGGCAAAGUUAUAGUUAAUCAGAAGGGGGUUGUGAAGAUCCGUCUUACCGCUAAGGGUGUCGCCGCGCACAGUGGAUAUCCUCACCUGGGUACGAGCGCCAUUCAUACCCUCACUGAGCUCCUACACAAAGUUAUGGCCUAUCCUUGGCCCAAGGACGACGUUCUGGGCGAUACGGACGUGAACGUUGGCCGCAUCGAAGGGGGUCAGGCUGAUAAUGCGCUAGCGGAGCGAUGCAGAGCCACAUUGAUGUUCAGAGUUACCGAGUCAUCUGCCCGUAUAAUUGAAGUGGUGGAAAGUCUCUGCGUGAAUGCUACGGGGGCCUCUGUGGAAGCAGAAGUUAUCUCGAGAAAUGAACCUGUUAAUAUGAAAUAUGUUAAAGAACUCGUUAAAGGCCAUCCAUUCGGAGUGGCUGCCUUUAAUACCGACAUAUCAUUUUUCGCUCCGACUUUGGAGAUGCACGACGCCAAAGCCAUCCUGUUCGGUCUGGGUGAUAUCUGUGAUGCACAUUGUGAACGCGAAUACAUAUAUGUUGAUGACUUAACGAAAUGUGUGGCAGCCUAUGAGGACUUGGCAGGACAACUUCUCGAGAGAUAGAGCGGGACUGACAGUGCCCGUAUAGCAAUGCUUUACUG